GAGCGAAUGGAUGGGGGACCGAAUCGAAAUUAAUAGGCCUUGGAAGCUUCCCAUUGUUUCUCUUCGUCUUCUCGUCGUGCGGCGCCCGCCGUGUCCAAUCUGUGUCGGAGGAGCUCGGCUCGGGAUUGGUGCCAUCGAUCGGGGAUGGAGCAGCGGCUGCUUCGCAGGCUGAAAGCCUCGAUCUUGCGGCUGCGAUGCCGGUCUCCGUCGGGUACAUUGCCAUUUGUUGAGAAUUUCACAUACAAGGAGAUCGAUAAAGCAACUAAUGGAUUCGGCAUGGUUCUUGAAAGUGGUGCUCAAGGAACAAUUUAUAAAGCUCGAUUUCCUAAUGGACUUGUUGGUGCCGUCAAAAGAGUAAGAUCUCAGCAACUAGGGAAAGAUACCUUCUUUGAGAAUGUGCAACUGUUAGGACGCUUGCAUCAUCGUCAUCUUGUCAGACUCAAAGGGUUUUCCGAGGGCAAAUAUAGGUUUCUUGUUUUUGACUACACGGAAAAUGGGAGCCUGAAGGAUUAUCUUCAUGAUCCGUUGAGAACACCGUUGAAUUGGAGGACCAGAUUACAGAUUGCUAUUGAUGUAGCCGCUGCUCUGGAGUACCUCCAGUAUUUUUGUGACCCACCUGUAUACGAUGUGUCUGUCAACUCAAACAAUAUAUUAUUGGAUGAGAACUUUGUUGCCAAGUUAUCUGAUGUGGGCUUCGUCGAUAGUGAUUUCAACCGCAAUAGUGAAUCAAAUGUCACGUGUUCAGAAGAUGAUACCAAACAAAAACAUAGGAGACUGGUUUUCCAGUUUGGUGUGCUCCUUCUUGAGCUUAUAACUGGUCAGUCAUUGUUCAACGAAGCAGAAAUUGUCCAAUGGAUCCAAGAAUCUGGAUUUGCCUACUCAAUCCACAAGAUGGUGGACACUGAUCUUGGAGAUAGUUAUGAUUCCAAAGAACUCCAAAGUCUUUUAAUUAUAGCAAGAUUGUGUACCAAGACCGAAAACGAUACAUUAAUUUCUAUUCCCCAGAUAUUACGGUAUCUGCAAGGACGGCUGGAACACUCUGCUUUGUAAUAUUAGUGUGAUAAUCUUGAGAAUUUAACUCGGAAUUUAUACUUUUUGAAAAUGUAAAUUUGACUAAUAAUGUAAAGAAGUUGGUGAUCUUUUUUUUUGUA